AGCACCGAGUCUGUGGUCGCCACUGAGACUCUGGCCGAGGUACCUGAACAUGUGCUGCGUGGACUUCCAGAGGAAGUGAGACUUUUACCAUCUGCGGUUGACAGGACCCGGAUUGGUGUCUGGGCCACUAAACCAAUUUUAAAAGGGAAAAAGUUUGGGCCAUUUGUUGGUGACAAGAAGAAACGAUCUCAGGUUAGGAAUAAUGUGUACAUGUGGGAGGUGUACUACCCAAAUUUGGGGUGGAUGUGCAUUGAUGCCACCGAUCCAGAGAAGGGCAACUGGCUGCGCUAUGUGAACUGGGCUUGCUCUGGUGAAGAGCAGAAUUUAUUUCCGCUGGAAAUCAACAGAGCCAUUUACUAUAAAACCUUAAAGCCAAUCGCGCCUGGCGAGGAGCUCCUGGUCUGGUACAAUGGGGAAGACAACCCCGAGAUAGCAGCUGCGAUUGAGGAAGAGCGAGCCAGCGCCCGGAGCAAGCGGAGCUCUCCGAAGAGCCGCAGAGGGAAGAAGAAAUCCCAAGAGAAUAAAAACAAAGGCAUCAGAACCCAGGCCACACAGCUGAAGGCAGGUGACCCAGACUCUUCCUUUGCAAACAUGAGAGGCUCUGCAGAAGGUCCUAAGGAAGAAGACGAGAGGCCUUUGGCUUCUGCACCUGAGCAACCAGCCCUUCUCCCUGAGGUGACCAGCCAGGAUGCGGUUCCACAGGUGGCCAUCCCUCUCCCUGCCUGUGAGCCACAGCCAGAGCCAGAUGGAAAGCAAGAAGUCACAGACUGUGAGAUCAACGAUCUGGAGGAAGAGGAGGAGGAGGAUGAGGAGGAGGAGCUGGAAGAGGAAGAGGAGGAGGAACUGGAAGAAGAUGGGGAGGAAGAGGCUGACACGCUGAAUGAAAGAUGUGUGAACGAGCCAGAGAUACGGUGUGAAGAGAAGCCAGAGGACUUACUGGAAGAACCACAGGACAUUUCAAAUGAAACAUGUGAAGACUCUCCAGACGCAGCCCCUCUUCUCCACAUCCCCAGAACUAGAGAGGAGGCCAACGGCGAUGUGUUUGAAACGUUUAUGUUUCCAUGUCAGCAUUGUGAAAGAAAAUUUGCAACCAAGCAGGGGCUUGAACGUCACAUGCAUAUCCACAUGUCUACAAUCAACCAUGCUUUUAAGUGCAAGUACUGUGGGAAAGCGUUCGGCACGCAGAUUAACAGGAGGCGGCAUGAACGUCGCCACGAAGCAGGGUUAAAGAGAAGACCCAGUGUGACACUACAGCCCUCCGAGGACCUAGAUGAUGGCAAGGUGGAAAAUGUCACUUCUAAAGAUGAGUCAGGUUCGCCUCAAGUUGGGCAAGACUGUCUGAUACUCAACUCAGAGAAAACCUCCCAGGAAAUAAUAAAUUCAUCUUUCGUGGAAGAGAAUGGUGAAGUUAAAGAACUUCACCCAUGCAAAUACUGCAAAAAGGUAUUUGGAACUCACACCAAUAUGAGACGACAUCAGCGCAGAGUUCACGAACGCCACCUGAUUCCCAAAGGUGUCCGUCGAAAAGGAGGAUUCCUGGAAGAGCCGCAGCCACCAGCAGAGCAGGCUGCGCCCUCCCAGAAUGUCUAUGUUCCAAGCACAGAGCCAGAAGAGGAAGGGGAAGCUGAUGAUGUUUACAUCAUGGACAUUUCAAGCAACAUCUCUGAAAAUCUAAAUUACUAUAUUGAUGGUAAGAUUCAAACCAACAACAGCACUAGUAAUUGUGACGUGAUUGAGAUGGAGUCUAAUUCUGCACACUUGUAUGGCAUAGAUUGUCUGCUCGCUCCAGUGACUGUGGAAAUUACUCAAAAUAUAAAGAACACCCAGGUCUCUGUAACAGAUGACCUUCCUAAAGAGUCUCCCAGUAGCACAAAUUGUGAGUCCAAGAAACGGAGAACUGCCAGUCCACCUGUGCUCCCCAAAAUUAAAGCUGAGACAGAUUCUGACCCCACAGCACCCUCAUGUUCCUUAAGUUUGCCUCUGAGCAUAUCAACAACAGAGGUGGUGUCCUUCCAUAAAGAGAAGGGUGUCUAUUUGUCUUCAAAGCUCAAGCAGCUUCUUCAGACCCAGGACAAACUGACUCCUCCUGUGGGGAUUUCAGCAGCUGAGAUUCCUAAGUUAGGUCCUGUGUGUGUAUCUGCCCCUGCAUCCAUGUUACCUGUGACCUCAAGCAGGUUUAAGAGGCGCACCAGCUCUCCACCCAGUUCCCCACAGCACAGCCCUUCCCUUCGAGACUUUGGGAAAGCAAGUGAUGGGAAAGCAGCAUGGACAGAUGCAGUUCUGACUUCCAAGAAACCCAAAUUAGAAAAUCGGAGUGACUCACCCGCAUGGAGUCUAUCUGGGAGAGAUGAGAGAGAAACUGGAAGCCCUCCCUGCUUUGACGAAUACAAAAUAACAAAAGAACGGGCGGCCACGUCUACUUUCAGCAGCGUGUGCAACCAGCAGCCAUUGGAUUUAUCCAGCGGGGUCAGACAGAAAUCAGAGGGCACAGGCCAGACUCCAGGCCCGUGGGAGUCUGUAUUGGACCUCAGUGUGCAUAAAAAGCCUUGUGAUACUGAAGGCAAGGAAUUCAGAGAGAACCAUUCGGCACAGCCAGCCUGUGGUGCUGCAAAGAAGAAGAAGCCAACCACCUGCAUGCUACAAAAGGUUCUUCUCAACGAGUACAAUGGUGUUAGCUUACCUACGGAGACCACACCUGAGGUGACCAGGAGCCCAAGUCCUUGUAAAUCCCCAGAUACACAGUCACAUCCUGAACUCGGUCCUGACUCGAGUUGCUCAGCGCCCACUGCUGAGUCCCCACCUGAGGUUGUUGGCCCCCCGUCACCCUCUCUGCAGACAGCCUCUCUGUCUUCGGGUCAGCUACCUCCUCUCUUGAUACCCACAGAGCCUUCUUCCCCUCCCCCCUGUCCUCCUGUGUUAACUGUUGCUACGCCACCGCCUCCCCUCCUCCCAACUGUCCCUCUCCCCACUCCCUCUUCUGAUGCCUCUUCUCAGCACUGCCCCUCUCCAUUCUCAAAUGCCACUGCACAGUCUCCCCUUCCAAUUCUGUCCCCAACAGUGUCCCCGUCACCCUCUCCCAUCCCUCCCGUGGAGCCGCUCAUGUCUGCUGCGUCCCCUGGUCCUCCAACACUGUCCUCCUCCUCCUCCUCUUCCUCCUUCUCUUCCUCUUCAUGCUCCUCCACAUCCCCCUCUCCACCCCCUCUCUCAGCAGUGUCAUCUGUGGUCUCCUCUGGGGACAACCUGGAAGUACCUCUCCCUGGAAUAACGUUCAAACAGGAGGAGUCAGAGAGCGAAGGUCUGAAACCCAAGGAAGAAGCCCCACCUGCAGGUGGUCAGAGUGUUGGUCAAGAAACAUUCAGCAAGAACUUUGUUUGCAAUGUCUGCGAGUCGCCUUUCCUCUCCAUUAAAGACCUAACCAAACAUCUGUCUGUUCAUGCUGAAGAGUGGCCCUUCAAAUGUGAGUUUUGUGUACAGCUUUUUAAGGAUAAGACUGACCUAUCAGAGCAUCGGUUUCUGCUUCACGGAGUCGGGAACAUCUUUGUGUGUUCUGUAUGUAAGAAAGAAUUUGCCUUCUUGUGCAAUUUGCAACAGCACCAGCGAGACCUCCACCCAGAUGAGGUGUGCACACACCAUGAGUUUGAAAGUGGGACCCUGAGGCCCCAGAACUUCACAGACCCCAGCAAGGCCCAUGUGGAGCAUAUGCAGAAUUUGCCAGAAGAGCCUUUGGAAACUUCUAGAGAGGAGGAGUUAAAUGAUUCUUCUGAAGAGCUUUAUACAACCAUCAAAAUAAUGGCUUCUGGAAUAAAGACGAAAGAUCCAGAUGUUCGACUUGGUCUCAAUCAGCACUACCCAAGCUUUAAACCACCUCCGUUUCAGUAUCACCAUAGAAACCCCAUGGGGAUUGGCGUAACGGCCACAAACUUCACUACCCACAAUAUUCCACAGACUUUCACAACCGCCAUUCGCUGCACAAAGUGUGGAAAGGGUGUUGAUAACAUGCCUGAGCUGCAUAAACAUAUCUUGGCCUGUGCAUCUGCAAGUGACAAGAAGAGGUACACCCCUAAGAAAAACCCAGUGCCCCUGAAACAAACUGUGCAACCCAAAAAUGGAGUGGUGGUUUUAGACAACUCUGGGAAAAAUGCCUUCAGGCGGAUGGGGCAGCCCAAGAGACUGAGCUUCAAUGUUGAACUUGGCAAAAUGUCUCCAAAUAAGCUCAAGCUAAGUGCACUAAAGAAAAAAAACCAGCUAGUACAGAAGGCGAUCCUUCAGAAGAACAGGUCUGCGAAGCAGAAGACAGACCCGAAGGACACUUCCGAGGUAUCCUCGCACAUUUGCCCUUACUGUGACAGGGAGUUCACAUACAUUGGCAGCCUCAACAAGCAUGCCGCCUUCAGCUGUCCUAAAAAGCCCCUGUCUCCUUCCAAAAGAAAAGUUUCCCAUUCAUCCAAGAAAGGUGGCCACGCAUCACCUGCCAGCAGUGACAGAAGCAACAGCAGCAACCCCCGGAGACGGACCGCCGACACAGAGAUUAAGAUGCAGAACACGCAGGCGCCCUUGGGCAAGACCAGAGCUCGGAGCUCAGGCCCGGCCCAAGCCUCAGUGCCCUCCUCAUCCUUCAGAUCCAGACAGAAUGUCAAGUUUGCGGCCUCAGUCAGAUCAAAAAAGGCAAGCUCUUCGUCCUUGAGGAACUCUAGUCCUAUAAGAAUGGCCAAAAUUACUCAUGUUGAGGGUAAGAAAUCCAAAGCUGUUGCCAAGAGUCAUUCUGCUCAGCUCUCAAGCAAAUCAUCCCGAAAUCUGCACGUGAGAGUGCAGAAGAGCAAGGCUGCUCUACAAAGCAAGACUGCGCUGGCCAGUAAGAAAAGAACAGACCGCUUCACGACAAAAUCUAGGGAGCGCAAUGGGGGCCCAAUUACCAGAAGCCUUCAGCUGGCUCCGGACCUGAGUGAAAGCAGGAGAGAGGACAGCAGUGCCAGGCAUGAGCUGAAGGACUUGAGGAACUUCCUGUAGAAAAGUCCUCCCCCCACCCCCACAAAACAAACCUUUAAUUGACUAAAAGACAUUGCAUGUUCAACUUAGGAUAAGCACUACGUCACAAGAUAUGAACUCUACCCAGCUUGCAAGACCAGUUGAAGCUGAAUCAAAAGCUGUACUGUACAGCCGCUUGCCAACAGGCUUCUUGCCCUGGUUAGACUAAGUAAGGCAUCUGUCUCUUGGGUGUGCUCAUAUAUGUGCUGGUCUCUCGGGGGAUUGAGGUCCAAAAAGAGGAGGCUCCUUCCUCAUCACUGGACUGGUAAUUUGGCUCUGAGUACGGCCGGCCCUUGAGUCUGGCAGAGAGCAGAUAAGGGAGUGAUUGAACUGAACCUUGCAAAGCAAGUACUCUUGUUUUUAUCAGUGGCCCUCACAGUUUCAGGGAUGACAGAUCGGUGCACUCUCCUUAAAAUGCUUGCUUACAUACCAGCCCUUGAUGCCUUUCUUUCACGUGUAUUACACAGAGAAGAGUUUGGCUGAUUGCUACCCCUUGCCUCAUAAAAAUCACAAACAUUGCCAGUGUAAUGCAGAGGAAACCAGAUUGGAUAUGGACUGCUUUUUAUGCCUUUGUUAGUGUCCAAGUGGAUGUUAGCCUCUCACUACCUGGCACUAAUUUAUAGCUGUCAUAUUAUGAGAUGCUACGUAGCAGUGUAUCAGAGAAUGGAAAGCACCCAGGCCUGUAUAGCUGUAUUAUGGAUCAGCACACCAGGCUUAUACUUCAGUCUCAGUAGAUUGAAAGCAACGGACUGGGCUCUUCCUUCAGCAGUAAGUGCAUCAGUACCACUCUCCAUGAGUCCUGAUGCUUUCCCCACGGUAAUGACCGAGUUGGUGGAAAAUAGCUACAUUUUAUUCAUACUGUGUUUUGUACUCAACCUUAAAAGUAAUCUACCUCUUCAAAUUUGUAGUUUAAUACUUGUUUGAUGAAUUUGUGCCACUUUAACCUUUCACUAUCAUUCCCAUUUUUGUUACAUUUCUGUUAAGGAGACUUUAUGUUGAAAUACUGUAUAAAGCAUUUGUUGCAGUUUAAAAAUAAAAUAUUUAAAAUUA